AUGACGAAAGCAAACGCAGUUGGAAUCGAUCUUGGCACCACGUAUUCGUGCGUUGGUGUCUUCAUGCACGGAAAAGUGGAAAUUAUCGCCAACGAUCAAGGCAAUGAUUAUGGAUUACCUGUUUGUUAUCGAAGUCCUUUAGGUAAUCGCACAACCCCUUCAUAUGUCGCAUUUACGGAUACAGAACGUCUUAUUGGAGAUGCCGCCAAGAACCAGGUGGCCAUGAAUCCUCACAACACAGUAUUCGAUGCCAAGCGUCUGAUCGGACGCAAGUUUGACGAUCCUGCCGUUCAGUCCGAUAUGAAGCAUUGGCCAUUCAAAGUCAUCUCAGCCGAGGGAUCGAAGCCUAAGGUCCAGGUCGAAUACAAAGGAGAGACCAAAGUAUUCACCCCUGAGGAAAUCUCAUCAAUGGUUCUGACGAAGAUGAAGGACACAGCAGAAGCAUUCCUCGGAUCAACCGUCAAGGAUGCUGUCGUCACAGUACCAGCAUACUUCAACGACUCUCAACGUCAAGCCACCAAAGAUGCAGGAGCAAUCGCUGGUCUCAAUGUCCUUCGUAUCAUCAAUGAACCUACCGCUGCUGCCAUCGCCUACGGUCUAGACAAGAAGGGAACCGGCGAGCGAAACGUGCUCAUUUUCGAUCUUGGAGGCGGUACCUUCGAUGUGUCGAUCCUUACUAUUGAGGAUGGAAUCUUUGAAGUCAAAUCCACCGCUGGAGACACCCAUCUUGGAGGAGAAGACUUUGACAACCGUAUGGUGAACCACUUCGUCGCCGAAUUCAAGAGGAAGCACAAGAAGGAUCUCAACACCAAUCCUCGUGCUCUGCGACGUCUCCGCACAGCUUGCGAACGUGCCAAGCGUACUCUGUCAUCGUCGUCUCAGGCUUCGAUCGAAAUUGAUUCACUCUUCGAGGGCAUCGAUUUCUACACGAACAUUACUCGUGCCCGAUUCGAGGAGCUGUGCGCUGAUCUCUUCCGUUCCACCAUGGAUCCUGUUGAGAAGUCGCUGAGAGACGCUAAGAUGGACAAGAGCCAGGUCCACGAUAUCGUUCUUGUUGGAGGAUCAACUCGUAUUCCAAAAGUCCAGAAGCUGCUAUCUGAUUUGUUCUCUGGAAAAGAACUCAAUAAGUCGAUCAACCCUGAUGAGGCUGUUGCCUACGGAGCUGCAGUUCAAGCCGCUAUUCUUUCCGGUGACAAGUCAGAAGCUGUGCAGGAUUUGCUCCUUCUUGAUGUGGCUCCUCUAUCACUCGGUAUUGAAACCGCUGGAGGUGUAAUGACAGCUCUGAUCAAGAGGAACACCACAAUCCCAACGAAGACCAGCCAGACAUUCACCACCUACUCUGACAACCAGCCUGGUGUGCUCAUCCAGGUCUUCGAAGGAGAACGUGCAAUGACCAAAGACAACAAUCUACUUGGAAAGUUCGAGCUGUCCGGAAUUCCACCUGCACCGAGAGGCGUACCGCAAAUUGAGGUAACAUUCGAUAUCGAUGCCAACGGUAUUCUCAACGUCUCCGCACAAGACAAGUCGACUGGCAAGCACAACAAGAUCACCAUUACCAACGACAAGGGUCGCCUGUCUAAGGACGAAAUCGAGCGGAUGGUUAACGAGGCUGAAAGGUACAAGGCCGAAGAUGAGGCGCAGAAGGAUCGUAUCGGAGCGAAGAACUCCCUCGAGAGCUAUGCCUUCAAUAUGAAGCAGACCCUCGAAGAUGAGAAGUUGAAAGACAAGAUUUCGGCUGACGACCGCAAGAAGAUCGAGGAGAAAUGUGACGAGGUCAUCAGAUGGCUUGACAGUAACCAGACCGCCGAGAAGGACGAGUUUGAGCAUCAACAGAAGGAGCUUGAGUCCGUCUGCAACCCAAUCAUUACGAAGAUGUACCAAGCCGCUGGUGGAGCCCCUGGUGGAAUGCCCGGUGGUAUGCCAGGAGGUGGCGCCCACAGUGGUGGUGGAGCUGGCGGACCAACCAUCGAAGAAGUCGACUAA